ACAGAUUUGCGCGUUCGAGUUGCAGUCCAGCUUUCGCCACAGGCCUGGAAGAGCGGAGAAGAGGAGCUGCGAUGGCCCCGAUUCCCGAGGUGUACACGCUGGACGAGCUCGAGCAGAUCAUGGUCGGCGUGCCCCGGACCAUGCGGCUCCUCAUGAUCUCGUACUUGGCGGUGUUCCUCAUGGCGCUCGGCGUCUACCUCGGUAUCGCGUGGUACGAGCGCAAGCGCGAGAAAGGCGCGGACGAGCUGGACCUCGAAGACGCGCGCGAGUCGAUCAUCAUGCCCUUCCACAAACCGCUCAUCCUCUUCGUCAUGGGCGUCUCGCUAAGCAUGGGCAUCGCGGUCGGCCUUGCGCCUGUCCCAACGAGCUUGACGGAAGGCGAGCUCCUCUACGCGAUGCGCAACUUUAGUGUCAACGUGGUCGUCUGGACGAUGCAGUACCCGGCCGUCUCGCGCAGCACGACGCUCAAGGCGAUCGCGUGGGCAACGCUCUUCAGCAUCGUGCCGAUCCCGAUCAUCUAUGCGGUCGAGUGCCACCGGCCGCUCGGCGACGUCUACGUCACGCUGCUCUUUGUACGGGCCGCGUCCGCGGGCCACUAUGUGUACAACCUGCUUUGGCCGCCGACGUCCCGCGGCGCCGCGUCCUCGAUCCGGUGGUACUCGGGCCUCGGCCUCCUCUACACGCUCCUCGUCAUGGCCUACCACAUGGCCUUCAAGUACCACUACUUUGCGAUCGGCUACAACUGCGUGUACGCCGCUUCGGGCUUCCUCGUCUUUUCGCCGCUCUUUUUAUACAACAUUUUCCGCGAAGACACCAAAUUUUGGCGCGGCGCCCACGCCGUCUUCCCGCCGUCGCGCGAGUUUCGCCAGAUCGUCGCGCGCUUCAAGAACCUCACGGCGGACGAGGUCGACGCAUACGACGAGGCCGUUCGGCGUAUGAUUGUCGACGCGUCGAGUGUCAUUUUGGACUUUUCCGCGCUCGCGUUCAAGGAACCGCACGUCGUCGAGGGCGUCGGGCGCACGGCGACGGUGGCCUCGGGCUUGCUCCACGGGUACGAAAACAUGGAGCCGCAGCGCGUCGCGAUCAAGACGUUCAACCCGGAGCUCUUUCUCGCCGACGAGGUCGCCAAGGUCGCACUCGAGACGUCGAUCGCGACGCUGCCGACGAUGUGCAACAAGUACAUUGUGCACAGCUUUGGCCUCGCAGUGCACCCACCCGCGCUCUGCCUCGUCACGGACCUCUGCGAGACGUCGCUGGCGUCGCAUUUGCGAACAAAAGGACUGGGGCUUUCGCUGCGUGUCCGCCUGACCUACAUGCUGCACUGCGCCAAGGGCGUCGGGUGGACGCACGCCAACAUGGUGCUGCAUCGCGACGUGCGCCCGGCCAACUUUUUCGUCCAAACGCUCUUCGAGACGCAGGACCUCCAGAAGAUCAUCAAGCUCUCUGACUUUGGUGACGCGACGCUCGUCGACGACCUCGUGACAAAAGCGCCGCGCACGGUGGCUGGCACGCUUUGCUACAUGGCGCCCGAGGUCAUGCGCGGCGCUAAAGUGCUCUACCCGCACCGCAACAACGUUGCGUACUACAAUGCGUCGGCCGACAUCUUCAGCUUGACGAUGACGUUCUGGGACAUUUUGCACCCGAAUGCAUCAAAGGACGACAAAUUUGGAUCGUCCGUGAGCACGCCCGAAGGCCAGCGCCGCGCGGCUGACAAAAUACUCCACGGCUUUCGCCCCGAACUCUCCAAGGAGGUGCUGGCGGUGCCCGGCCUCAAGACGCUCUUCCACGAAGGCUGGUCCGACAACCCCAAGAUAGUCCGCCCGACGGCCGUUGAGAUCGUCAAUCGCCUCAAGGCCAUGCUGGACGGCAACAGUGCCCUGUACCACAGCGACACCGGUUCCAACAAAGCGCCAGUCACCAAGGAUAUGACCAAGAUGGGGAGCACCGACGAGUCGCUUUGCGUGGACGACCUCCCCGUGUACCAAGAAUUCUACGACGUCUAGCGCUUUGGCUCUGUGCAGCGCGUCUUGUCGCCUGAUGAUAGGUAAUCCUGAUUGAAGUUUUGUGACGUGCAGAGCGUGUGUUGGCCCGACGCACGAUGUCACAACGCCACGUCAUAUAUACGAUGUUUGUAUGACAUACGUAGUGGGUGAUCUGCAUAUCCAGGAAUAUUCACCAAUCAAAUCAAGUUGGG